GAUCCUCGAGGACGAUGCGGUGCCGAUGUCCUUCCUCCCCCCAGCAGCAGCGAACGGAGAUGUGGACGAGGAAAGCGAGGCGGCCUAUUUUCGCCUCUGCGCUGCACGGUGGGCCUCUGUUUGGUCGGCGUUGACGCAGGCAGCCGAAGCCCUGGGCCAGCGAGGCUCAUGGGACAUGCUCCUGGUCGGCAGACACAGGUUUGGUGAAGACAGGCCUAUACCUGGAGAGCACGACUUGGUCGACGCCGGCUUCUCGACCUGCCUCCACGCCUAUGCCGUGUCGAGGAGGGGCGCGGAGCGCCUCCUGGAGCUCACAAAUCUUUCCGAGGAGAGUCCCCUGGGGGUGGUGAUUCCAAUCGACGACCUCCUACCUGGCGUUUGGACCGGACGCCACCCGCGCAGAGAUGUCGAGGUGACACAGGGCACGGGACUUUUGCCUCUUCCCAAGAUCCUGGCCUUAUGCUACGAGCUGAAUGUCUCGAUGGCCGUAAAGGCCUGCUGGCUGACUUGGCUGGUCGUGUCCCUGCUUCUGCUUGCCUCUGCUGGUAGCACUUCCGAAGAUAUGCGAGACACCCUCGGCUCAAUCACGCUGUCUCCUUGGGUCUUCUUCUUGACCGUCGACUUGCCCCUGAUCGUGUUCUUCAUGUUCUUCUUCUUCGCACAUGGCUUGACCUUCGAGUUCUGGACUCCAUCCGUUUGGUUUGAUAAGGCCUGCAUCAAUCAGGAGGAUCAAGAUGAGAAGGAGGAGGCGAUAGCGAUCCUGCCAGAAAUUUUGCACCAAUCCUCCCGCAUCCUAGUCCUCUGGGAUCCCACACUCUUCUCGCGCUUGUGGUGCAACUUGGAGAUUGCGACCUUUGCCAAGAGCCAUAGGGAAGAUCCAGAUGCCAUCCGCAUACUGCAACCCUGGAUUACGCCGUGGCUGCUGUGCAGCUUGUUCGCCGAAUGGUUGGCCGCUCGGGUGUUGCUGCCCUGGUACGGUCAGCGUCUGACCGCAGAGGAGAAUAUCGAGUGGCAUCCAGGAUCAUUUUUGGACUACUUGGUCGCGGGUCUCGUCUCUAACGCUCCGUUCGUUGUUCUUCAGCUUCCAGCCCUGUGGAUAUCCGCAGUCUUCUUCUCUUACAAGCUCAACUGCAGCGCUGACAUCUUGGAUGCCUUUGCCAACUUCGACGUCCGGAAUGCGCAGUGCUCCAUGAGCAGCGACCGGAGGGCGCUGCAUGCGCAGAUUGCACGGUUUUCGACGAGAUCGAAGACGCGCCGCUGA